AUGAUUAUUGAUAUUCAUUUAGAAGUCUUAGACGAAUAUCAAAAGGGGGACACCAAACUGGUUCAGGAGGAAUUCCUUGCCAUUCUUGUUCAAGAAUUUAUGGGAAGCGUAUUCAUAAAAGAAGAGAAGGCUCCUAAGGAAUGUGUUCCUAAGGAAGGAGUUCCUGAGGAACAGGUUCCAAGUUCAGAUUCCGGGUUUAGGGAAAAAGACUCUGUUCCUGCGGAAAGUGUUCCUAAGGAACAACUUUCUGAAGUUGAUGUUCCUAAGGAACAGGUUCCAAGUUUAGAUUCCGGGUUUAGGGAGAAACACUUUUUUCCUAAGGAAAGUGUUCCAAAGGAAGUUGUUCGUAAGGAACAGGUUCCAAGUUCAGCUUCCGCAUUUAGGGAGGAAGACUUUCUUCCUAAGGACGAAGUUCCUAAGGAACAGGUUCUAAGUUCGGAUUCCGGGAUUAGAGAGGAAGACUUUGUUCCUAAGGACGAAGUUCCUAAGGAACAGGUUCUAAGUUCGGAUUCCGGGAUUAGAGAGGAAGACUUUGUUCCUAAGGACGAAGUUCCUAAGGAACAGGUUCUAAGUUCAGAUUCCUGGUUUAGGAUUGAUGUUCCUGAGGAACAGGUUCCAUGUGCAGAUUCCGGGUUUAGGGUUUAG